AUGAGAUAUCCAAAGCGAUAUGUUGUCGAUCUGGACCUCCCGGCUUCCGAGCGAUGGAAUGAGGUGGUGCAUGAUCAUCUUGACGCCAUCCCAGGAUUCAUGAAAGCAGCACACUUACCAUUGGGCUUCAUCGUGUCGAUGAAUAUUCUUUACGACAUCGUUGCCUUUGAUAGAAAACAGUCAGUGAUCCCGUUCAAUCUUGGUGGCGCUGUUGACGUUGAUGAUUUUGAUAGUUUCAUCUUCCAAAUGGGAUGCACAUCGAUUAUUGCGGAAAACGAAGAAGGCAUCAUUCUCCAUGGUCGCAAUCUUGACUAUGUAAUUGGAGAUCUCUUGAAGAACAUCACCAUCCUCGUCGAUUUUGUUCGUUGGCAUGGUCAAGAAAAGAAAAUCGUUUACAGCGGUGUGACGUUCGCCUUGUCAACAACUCUGAUCACUGGCCAAAACGGUGCAUUCUCAGUGAGCCUCAAUGCUCGAUGUGAGUUUUCUUCGCAGAAUUGGCUUCUGAUUCUGAAUUUAGUCUUAUCACACUACUGUUGCUAUACAAAUGGUACUAUGCUACUUUGUUAUCCAAUGAUUUAUAAAGAUUUUAUUUUCACAUACUUCUUACUUGGAUAG